AUGCCAAGAACUCUCCUCGCUUGUGUAGCCAUGCUCAUGGCGGGCGCUGUCCCCACCACCAUUGCCGACAAGGCGCCUGCAUUCGAAGUCCCCACCUUCGACUACGCCACCCUCUCCACCGCCAACACGCCCAACGACGUCCUCGACGCGCUCAAGAAGGACGGCAUCAUCAGCUUCACCAACGUGCCUUCCUACGCACAGGUGCGCCGCGCGUACCUCGACUCGGCCGCCAACUGCGCCGUGUCCGCGCAGGAGGCCAACGCCGAGUUCCUGCUGCACAAGACGCUCUCCGACGGCACGAACCGCUACACGAUCAGCACGCCGUCGGGCCAGGAAGCCAACCCGAACGCCACCACCACGCACGCCGCGUGUCCGGGCUACUCGGCCGUCUACAACGAGUUCUCGUCGCUGCUGGAGCUGGUGGUGCUCAACGUGGCCACGACGCUCGACGCCACGAGCUUCACGACCAAGGACGGCUACGGCCAGGCCGUCUCGAGCCGCAAGCUCAUGACGGACGCCGUGCGCCUCGACCACUUCCACGCCUACGAGGCGCCUUCCGUCCACGAGCGCAGACUCGCCUCGGCCGCCAAUGCCACGACCAACAGCAGCAGCCAAGACGACCUGACCCUCGAGCUGCACGAGGACGACGGCAUGUUCAUCGUGUUCGCCACGCCCGCCUUCUACAAGGUCAGCAGCGACGGCUCCAAGAGCACGCUCGAGUCGGUGUCGGCCGGCGGCCAGGAUGACUCGGAGUCGGGUCUCAUCAUCCAGCGGCGCGACGGCCAGCGCGUGCGGCCCGUGCUCAAGCCCGACCAGGUGACACUCAUGGUGGGCACGGGCUACAACCGGUGGGUGGCCACGUCGGAGCAGCUCCCGGCCGUGAUGCACGGCGUGCGCAUGCCCGAGGUGGAGACGGCGGAGACGCAGCGCCUGCUGCGCGCGUGGUUCGGCAAGAUGACGCUGCUGCCGUCGUACCAGCGCAUGCUCAAGCAGAUGGACUUCGACGUGCACGCGAACACGACGGCGCAGUACGUGCAGCAAGGCUACCAGUCGGACCACCAGUUGCUGGGCUGCGCUCCGGGCCGUCACUUGCUGGCGUCCGUGGAUGCGGCUUGCAGUUUCAAGGAAUGUAAUGUGAAGUCGGGUGCGGCAGCUCCACCAGAGGGCUGUGCUGUGGUGUGUAACAGAGGCCACUCAACUGAUGCGGCGUCGUGUUCAAAGAGUUGUGAUUGCACUGUGAGCACGCACACUGCGACCUCGUGCUGGAUGCUAUGCGUGAAGGACUUGGAUACUUGUGCCGUAUCCAAACAGUCGUGCUCUGGCCAAACAAAGGUGUGUUCGGCCUAA